AUAUUCAUGCCUAUAAAACCCCAUGCAAACCCAACACUUACUCGCACACUUGAACUCUCACAAAAUGGUUUCCACUCUCUUCUUCACCGCCACAUUCCUUGUCCUUUGCACCCUCUCCACAGCCACGCACCCGGCUAGGCUCAUCUUAACCCUGGUCAACAAAUGCCCCUUCACGGUCUGGCCAGCAAUCAACCCGGACUUGGGCCACGCCGUCCUUGAGCGCGGCGGCUUCGUGCUCGACACCCAGACCACCCUUUCCUUCCCUGCUCCUACCCACCACUGGUCUGGCCAGAUUUGGGCACGCACCGGGUGCACCCACCGUACCCACGCAAACAAAAUAUUCACUUGCGCCACCGGAGACUGCGGCGGCCGGCUCCACUGCGGCCGCAUAGGCAGCUCCACUCCCACCACGCGGGCUCAUCUUAGGCUCCAAGGCUACAACAACCUCUCCUCCUACGGUGUCAGCCUAGCCGAAGGCUUUAACGUGCCGAUGACUGUGACCGCUCACGAGGCCGACAAGGGGAGAUGCCCCGUGGUUGGCUGUAGCGCCAACCUGCUCCAAACGUGUCCCGAAAAGUUGCAGCUCCGUUCACCGCAGGGUCACGGGCCGGUCGUGGCAUGCAAGAGUGGGUGCGAGGCGUUCGGUAGGAAUCACCUCGCGUGCAUGUCUUCCAAGUACUCCGAGUUCUUCAGAAGCGCGUGCCCUGCGACGUUUACGUAUGCGCAUGGUCAACCAUCUCUUAUGCACGACUGCUCGUCACCACGUAUGCUGGAGAUCACCUUCUGCCACUAGAGAUCGAUCGACCAAGAUAUUCCAUAUGCUGCAUGCCCACAUUAGCACGUCUUUAAGGCUUUUAAUUUGUUUGAAGCUGCAAAAAUAAAAAAAAUUUGUGUUCUUUAAGAUCUUUUGAGGUUUUUGUUUGAAGCUGGAAAAAUAAAAAAGUUUGGGCUGAGUUCUUUAA